AGGAAGAGGAGGAAGCAGCAGCAGCUGAGGGGCUCGCUGUCCGCUCCUGCACUUUUUUGUCCCCCUUCAUUCCCCCCCCCCCCCCCUCGCCCCCCCAUGGAUAAUAAGCCUCUGCUGCAGGAUCGACCACCUGCCUACAACCCGGAGGCCGGCCAGGGCGACUACGCUUACGGGCGACACAACUACGGGGCCAUCCCGGUCGCCCCAGCCCAGCCCGGGCUCCAGCCGGGCUUCCAACCCGGCUUCCAGCCCGGCUUCCAGCCCCCGCCGCCCUACCCGUACAGCGUUGCAGGUCGGUCCGGAUCCUACAAUAUUCCAUCACAAGCUGUGUUCCAGCCCUCCAGUGCCAUAGUAGUUGUUGGAGGCUGUCCAGCCUGCAGAGUUGGUGUUUUGGAAGAGUCCUUCACCUGCCUAGGUAUCCUCUUGGCCAUUCUCUUGUUUCCCAUUGGAUUUAUCUGCUGUUUUGCUUUGAGAAGGCAAAAAUGUCCAAACUGUGGAGUAGUUUAUUUUUAAAUGGAACAACACACCCAGCUUUCCUAGCCCCACUUUUCUUUUUUCUAAUGUAAAUGUCUUGUAUAAUAGCUUUAUUUGAUCAAGUAUCAGAACUGUUUUGUAAAGUGUGAUGGGAUAGCCAAUGUUUCGUGGGCUUGUGGUUUGCAGAACAUGGAAAAAAACAAACUUACUUUCAAGGUUAAUGACAACUCUGAUUUAAGACAUGGCUUCUUUUUUUGCAGUUUUCACUUUGUGCAAAUCGAGAAAUGCUGUUUUUAUAAAUGAAGUUCAUACUAUUUUAACUGGUCCUGCUUAAUUUGAUGUUUGCACAUUGUCACUUCUGUAUAUUUUUUAAAAAUAAAGUUAACUCACCUCAA